AUGUGUGGUAUCUUUGGUUAUUGUAAUUUCCUCAUUGAGAGAGACCGACGCUUUGUUCUGGAUACUCUGGUCAAUGGAUUAUCCCGCUUAGAGUACCGUGGAUACGAUUCAGCAGGUCUCGCAGCAGAUGGUGAUGCCGAGGGUGAGACUCUUAUUGUCAAGCAAAAGGGCAAGGUGGCUGCCUUGAAGAAGCUAGUCGAAGAGCAAGAGAUUGACUUUUCAAAAGUCUUUGUAAGCCAUUGUGGUAUGGCACACACGCGUUGGGCUACCCAUGGCCAACCUUCACAACUUAAUUCACACCCCCAUCGAUCCGAUCCCAACAGUGAAUUCACUAUUGUGCAUAAUGGCAUUAUCACCAACUACAAAGAAAUCAGAACUCUUUUGGAAAAGAAGGGCACCACCUUUGAGACCGACACUGAUACUGAAAUCGUGGCGAAAUUGACAAAGUACAUCUUUGACUCUCAAAAGGAAAAGGUGUCGUUCACUGUCCUUGUGAAGCAGGUCCUCAAAGAAUUGGAAGGAAGUUUUGCUUUCAUCUUCAAGAGCAACAAGCACUAUCCCAAUGAAGUGGUAGCAACGCGUCGUGGUUCCCCUUUGAUUGUUGGUGUCAAGACAGCCAAGAAGCUCAAGGUGGAUUUUGUCGAUGUUGAGUUUGGCAAUCCAGCCGAAGCCCAUGCCCUCUCUGCUAAGGAAUCCAACAGCUAUUUGACUCCCACGCAUCCUCAAUUGCAGCGUAGCCAAUCAAGAGCCUUUUUGAGUGAGGAUGGGACGCCACAACCCAUUGAGUUUUUCCUUGCAUCGGAUGCAUCAGCUAUCAUUGAGCACACCAAGCGUGUCUUAUUCCUUGAAGAUGAUGAUAUUGCUCAUAUUGCUGAAGGAGAGCUGCAAAUCCAUCGCCUUCGACGUGAGGAUGGUGAUUCAUCGACCCGAUCUAUCCAAACUUUGGAGAUGGAAUUGGCUGAGAUCAUGAAGGGAUCCUUUGACCACUUUAUGCAAAAGGAAAUCUAUGAACAACCUGAAUCGGUGGUGAAUACGAUGCGUGGUCGUGUCAACUUUGAAACACACAAGGUCACGUUGGGUGGUUUACGUGGCUAUUUGCCGAUCAUGCGUCGUGCUAGACGCAUCGUGUUUAUUGCAUGUGGCACAUCCUACCAUAGCUGCAUGGCUACACGCUCCAUCUUUGAAGAGCUCACUGAAAUCCCUGCGCAAAGCGAAUUGGCAUCAGACUUUUUGGAUCGACGUACGCCCAUUUUCCGUGACGAUGUGUGUGUCUUUGUAUCUCAAUCGGGUGAAACAGCCGAUACCAUUCUCGCCAUGCGUUAUUGCUUGGAACGCGGUGCAUUGUGUGUGGGUAUCACCAAUACGGUUGGCAGUUCUAUUUCCCGUGAGACCCAUUGUGGCGUCCAUAUCAACGCUGGUCCUGAAAUUGGUGUUGCUAGUACUAAGGCGUACACUUCCCAAUACAUUGCAUUGGUCAUGAUGGCCAUUCAAUUAUCCGAAGACCGUAUCUCCAUGACAACACGUCGUCAAGAAGUGAUUGAUGGCUUAUAUCGUCUGCCAGGUCAUAUCAAGGAGGUGCUUGCUCAAGACGUCAACUUGCAAACAUUGGCACGUGAUACCCUUUCCAAGGAACGCAGCUUGUUGAUCAUGGGUCGUGGAUACCAGAAUGCUACAUGUCUUGAAGGUGCUCUCAAGAUUAAAGAAAUCUCUUACAUGCACAGCGAAGGCAUUCUAGCAGGCGAGCUCAAGCAUGGUCCAUUGGCACUGGUGGAUGAAAACAUGCCUGUCAUUUUGGUCAUGACCAAGGACUCCUUGUAUCCAAAGGUCCAAAGUGCAUUGCAACAAGUAUCGGCUCGUAAGGGCAACCCCAUCAUCAUUUGUAACGAUGGAGACGAUGAUCUACAAAGCAAAUACAAGACCAUCAAGGUUCCCCAGACGAUUGACUGCCUCCAAGGACUUUUGAAUAUCAUCCCCUUGCAGCUCUUGUCUUAUCAUCUUGCCAUCCUUCAAGGUGUCGAUGUCGAUUUCCCCAGAAAUUUGGCCAAGUCUGUUACUGUCGAGUAG